GGGUUGAAAGAAUGUGUUGGAGAAUUAAUUAUUUUGGGCAACACAUAACGCCCCAUGUAUUACUAAUGACCAAAGAAGAGUCCUUACGAAAACCAAUGAGAACAGAGCUAUUGGAAAACAAUAAACAUGAUGAUUAUCGCACUUUACAUCUUACAAUAGAUGAUUAUCUCUCGAACGCCUAUAUAAAACAAAUGUUUUCGGACAAAGAAGGGUUUCUAUUGAAAAAACUUGUAUUGCCGGGAGAUUGA